UGAAGUCACGUGAAUGCCUGUGUGGCCUCUUCUUGCCUUUUAAUUCCUUCACAAUUCCUUUAUAAAGACCCCUUCAACUCCAUUAAUUAGGACCCUUUGCCCCUAUCCCAUUUCCUUAGCCUAAUUCUCUGAUUUUUUUUUUUUAAUAUCUUCUCUCUCUCUCUUUUAUCUCUUGGCAAUGACACCAGCAUUUCUUAACCCACCACCAUCUCCUAAUUUCCCCUUUGUGGAGCUAAAAGAAGAACCCCAUCAUCUUCAGCUUUUUCUCUCUGUGGAUAAGUAUGAAGGUGGAUCAUCAGCAAGCGACCAACAAGCCAGUUCAUCAUCUUCAUCUUCAUCACUUCAAUCAACGGUGGAAGAUCAGAAGGCAACCAAUGGCCAAAAUUCAUCCUUUGGAAGAAACGAGGAAAGGAAUUACGAAAGCAGUGCAGGGGAUAAUAAAAAUGGGAUAACAGUGAAAUGGAUGUCAUCCAAAAUAAGGCUAAUGAAGAAGAUGAUGAACUCCAACUCCAACUGCAGUAGCAGUAGGAGAUCAACAGAUCACAAGUUUCAAUAUCCGGUGACUGGUAAUGGUGAAGCCAACGCCAUUAGAGUCUGCUCCGACUGUAACACCACCACGACACCGCUUUGGAGAAGUGGCCCUCGAGGUCCCAAAUCUCUUUGCAAUGCCUGUGGGAUUCGGCAAAGGAAGGCAAGACGAGCCAUGGAAGCGGCCACGGCAGCGGCGGAAAACGGUGCUGGAGUUGCAACCGAUGCAGCAAUAGUAAUGAAAUUUAAGGUAAACAACAAGGAAAAGAAAUCACGUAUUGGGCAAUUCAAGAAACAACAAUUCAAGGCACAAUCGGAUUAUAAUUCUCCUUAUAGUCAACAAAGCCAAAAGAAGCUUUGCUUCAAGGAAUUGGCUUUGAGUUUAAGCAAGAAUUCAGCUUUGCAGAGUGUGUUUCCUCGGGACGUUGAAGAUGCUGCAAUCCUUUUAAUGGAGCUCUCUUGUGGCCUUAUUCAUAGUUGAAUUUCUUUAAUUAAUAAAUUUUGUUGCUUUUAUUAUGGAAGAUUGGUGAGGUUAUUUAUGGGUGUGUGUGACCCAAGGGAUAGAGAUUAAAGAGUGAUUAAUUCUAUAUAUGUAGUCAAACCAUAAAAUUUUCAGAUUAUAUGAAAUAAUGAAAAAUAUAGCAAAUGCCUUGUAUUGUUAGCAUUAAUCAAUGAAUCCAAGUUUUAGAGAUAA